ACUGUUAAAACCAAAGCAGCGUCCCAAACAGAUGAUCCGAAUCCUUGUUUUGUAAAAGAGCUUCCCUGGUUUAAGGACAUUUAUGUUUCUUGUUUGUUUGAUUUGAUGAAUUUAUUUACAGCUUGCAUUAUUUAUAUCAUUCUUUGUGUUUUAUUAGUAACUCAAUGGGAGACCACACUAGAUAAGGAAACGUUCAUGGAAAAGGACGCUUCAACUUUACUGGUUAUUGCACAUCCAGAUGAUGAGACUAUGUUCUUUGGUCCAGCUUUGAUUAACUUGGCUACAGUAAAAUCUAGUAAAACUUUUGUUUUGUGUCUCACAUCAGGGAACUAUGAUGGGUUAGGAACCAUUCGUAGGUUAGAAUUGCUUGAAGCUAUGAAAGAAAUUGGCCUUCCUGUCAAAAAUGUUUUCAUUACUGAUCAUUUCAUUGAUGGAAUGAAUCAACACUGGAACCUGACUAUGAUUGCAAUGGUUGUUAGUGAGAAAGUUACUGAGAACAACGUAAGUGAAGUGAUCACAUUUGAUGAAUAUGGAAUCAGUGGGCAUCCCAAUCAUAAGGACACGAAUGGAUUUAUUAAGAUAUUUCUAUCUAAUAUGAACCCAUCAGUCAAAUUCAUGACUUUGGAAAGUGUGAAUAUUUUCAGAAAGUAUUUAUCUUUUCUAGAAGCUCCUAUUUCGUUAAUCGAUUGGACUUUAAGAAAAUUUCUAACAGAAACUUGUAAUCAAUCCAACGCAAAGUGCCAAAAGAAAGUGUUUAUCGGCAUAGAACCUUCAAAGUAUCUUAAGUUGCUCGAUUCAUUAUAUCGUCAUCAAAGUCAAAUGGUUUGGUUCAGAAGGCUUUAUUCAUUGUUUUCAAGAUACAUGUUCAUAAACACUCUUAUCGAAUGUUAAUUCUUCUACUGUCCGUGCUCUGGUAGAGACGUUAUAUACCAGUUUCACCAAUAUUCACGUCGAAUACAAUUUAAUGGUAGUCUGGCGGGAAGUAUUGUUUUUCUAGUCAUGGAAAGGCUGGUUCAAAAACUUUUAAAAGAUUAGUUCGAAGGAAAAAGGUUUUUUGUUCCAGAGGAUUUAAUAAAACCAAUGUGAGGCAGUUCAAGAAGAAAGCCUGGAAACAAAAAUGUAAGGGUAAAUCCAUUACAUGUUACAUCUGUGAUCAAGAAGGACAUUGGGCUUUCUUCAACUGUAUAGAGUUUUGAAAGAGAAACUCAAUAUUAAAACAUUUCUAGCCCUGAUGGCGACUACUACCUAUGGAACCUGACUUGAAACCAUUGAAAAGUUUGAUACUUUUACAAAAUUUUCAUCGCAUAAAAUAAACUUAACUUAUUAUUA